GUCUCUGUGCGUGUGACGUCAGCGCUGUCCCGGAUGAGGUCAGUGUGGACUUGUGCAGCGCUUCAGACGUGUCUUUCUGUCGUUUCUUCUCGUUUAUUAUCAGUGAUUCUCCUUUGUUUCUCGUGAUCAGAGUCAUGAAACUGUUACAGAAGCUACUACUGCUGCUCUUGCUGGCGUUUCCCGCGACGCUGCUGCUGAAGGGGCCGGUUGUUUCUGCACAGGAUGCUACUGAUGAAGAGGAGGCUGUGGAUGAAGAUGGAGCUGAUGAUGUGAUGGAUGAGGAUGAUGAAGCUGAGGUGGAGGAUGAUGAGAACACUGAACUAACGGAAGAAAAAGAGGAAGAGGAGGAAGAAGCUCUGGUGGGAGAGAUAAAGGCUUCACCCAACGCUGACACCACCAUCCUCUUCGUCAAAGGAGAAGAUUUUCCCGCCAACAACAUCGUGAAGUUCCUGCUGGGAUUCACUAAUAAAGGCUCGGAGAUGUUCGUGGUGGAGUCUCUAGACGCUUCCUUCCGUUACCCGCAGGACUUCCAGUUCUACAUCCAGAACUUCACAGCGCUGCAGCUGGGGACCGAGGUUCCUCCUCAGCGUCAGGCCUCCUUCGAGUACUCCUUCAUCCCUGCGGAGCCCAUGGGGGGGCGGCCCUUCGGCCUCGUCAUCAACCUCAACUACAGGGACAGCAGCGGGAACGUGUUCCAGGACGCUGUGUUCAAUCAGACGGUCACCAUCACUGAGAGAGAGGACGGUCUGGACGGAGAGACGAUCUUCUUGUACGUGUUCCUGGCGGGUCUCGGUCUGCUGCUGGUGGUCGGCCUUCAUCAGCUGCUCGAGUCACGCAAGAGGAGACGGCCCGCAGCUAAAGUGGAGAUGGGAACCUCGAGUCACAAUGAUGUGGACAUGAGCUGGAUCCCACAGGAAACACUCAACCAGAUCAUGGCGAGUCGGCGAGAUAAAGCGUCUCCUGGACGAUCUCCACGCAAGAGGACUCAGAAACGCUCGGCCGGAUCGGACGAGUGAGACACACCAUCUUCAUCUUCAUCUGUGUCUACAGUGAGACGGAGAGUCUGUCCAUCACUGGACGCCAACAGAGACUGAUACACACACACACACACACACAGACACACACUCACAUGUACAGGCCGUUUUUUAAAGUGACAGUGCGCGAGGAGUUGGCCGCUCAAGCUUCUGUCGGUCUGCUUUAUUUUAAUCAGAGCGUCUGGAUUCUUCUGAUCGUUGUCUUCGGUGAGGACUGAUGCUCUGAGCUUCACUCUUCAUCAUCACCGCUUCUUCUGUCCGAACAUCAGUCGAUCACGACUCGUUUGUUUGCAGGAGCAGCAUGAUUCAUUUCAUUUCUCUGGUUUUCUUCAUGAUUUGCGUGUUGUGACGCUGAUGUCAUGUGAUCUGGUCAUGUGACUCGAGGACACGCCACUUCUUUUUUUGACAGAAGACUGUUGUCUUUUUUUCUUGUUUUGUUUUCGUUCAGUCUGAUAAAGUGUCAGCUGUGAGCGAGUGCUGAUGUACAGAUUGAAAUGUACUUGGAAAAAUACAAAUAAACUGAAAUGACAAAAGUGUUUUCUUCCGUGUGAUGUCUCUGGUCGUAUCUUUAGUUCCUGGAUGUGAGGAUUCAGUUUUCAUCUGUUUCUGUGAGUUUAAACUUGUAGUUCACCCUUCUAUAAAUGAAGGCUUUAAGUCUUAAAUGAUGACAAGAAGUCUUGUUUUCUGAGUCACUGAACAAAAUGGAAAUAUGAAAAUAAAAAUUGUUUAUCCUUUUGUUAGA